UUUAUUAAUUACUUUAUUGUUUUUAUGUAUUUUGAACCGUGCAGAAUAAACUCAUGUAAUCAGCAAAUCCGCUGCUCGUAACUCCCGACCAGUUGGUGGCGGUAGCUCACUUUAACCUGCUGGCGGAGAACCGUAAAACAACCAUAAGAAGAAGAACGUAGGCGCGCUAUUCAAGUAGAAACCCGCGCAGGACGAGAGCCACCAACUACCGUCUGAUUAAAUAUUCAUAUUUAUUUGUCUCACAACAUCGGCUUUACGGGUGAGUUGUUCUAAAAUGAUGCCAGCUACCACCAGGAAGCGGAAGCUCUCCCCUCUGGACUGUGAUGGUCAUCCAACCAAGAAAGGGGUGCACAAGGAGUCUCCCAUGAAGACGGGAUCACCCAGGAAACCCCAACCGUCCACCCCACAGAAGAAGCCAAACAAACAUCUGGAAAAGGAGAACUGUCCGUUGCCUCAGAAGUCACCAUGUAGAGUUGCAGCUUCUCCAGCUAAAUCGCCCUCUGGUCUUCCAACCCCCUCCAUCAUGACAAGCUCCUUCUAUGGCAAACAGAAGACUGUCUAUGUCACUCCACUAGAAAGGAAAAUGAUAAGGGAGUCCCUGCCUGCUCGUCCUGUUGCACCUUCCCCUCCUUCUCAGGCCAAGAAACCAGAGAAGAAGAAGAGCAUUAAAGGAGGCAGCAAAGCCAAAAAGGGUCCAGAAUCAAUGCACAGGAAAAACGUGGGGUUCAAAAAUUCUACAACAUCUUCAAAGAAGAGCAUGAUGGCCAACCAUUGCAGUAGUGCAGCUGCACUGGCAGCCUCUGCAGCCACAGUUACCGGCAGCAGGAAUUCAACUGAGCCAAAGAAAGCCAUCACCGUCACCUUCAGCAGUCUCAAAGCCAAGCCAAAGAUCUUUGUGGGGGCUGCUUUCUUCAGCACGGGGAAAAAACCCAUUUCCAUGUUCAAAAAAACUUCGUCAAAGUCUUCAGGCAGGUCGGCUCCAGCCAGGCAGAAGCUCAAAGCUGCUACGCUACCCGUCAAGAGUGAGAAAUCACAGCAGCCACCGCCUGCAGUGACGAUUCCAGAAACUCGGCAUCAGGUUGAUCCCCAGCUGGCGGGCCGAACACAGAACCAACGCAGCACCACACAAAGAAGCAAAUUUGAUCUCUCAGACUGGAUGGACUCUGAUCAGGAUCAGCCAGAGUCUUCUCAGUCGUUAAGCUCUCCUAAGAUGCUGUCAGAGAACUAUGGAAUUACCAGGGACUUGAAGGUGCUGCUGAACCGAACCCCAACAUCUAGUCCAGCAUCCUCAGGCUCACCUUUCAGUGCUCGGAACGAAUGUCUGAAUGGAGGCUCUGAGCUACAAUUUGAGAUGGGUGACAUAAGCCCCGUGAGCACCACCUCCAGCCAGCCUAAAGCAGACAGUGCAGCGAUGUAUCCCAUCUUUGGAUCUGCCUUACAGAGGUUAAAGAGUCCGGCUCUGUGGGGUCCCGUUUCCUGCAGCACCCCCUCUGGCCCAACAGGAACACUGCAGGGUCAGUCCCCCUCACCAAAGGAGCAAAAUGUUCGCCGGAAGAAGGAGAAACACGAUGAAGAUCAGCUCAUUAUUGAUGCAGGUCAGAAAGAGUUUGGAGCAACAACGUGCAGCUCCUGUGGGAUGGUGUACAGCGCAGACAAUCCAGAGGAUCAGUUCCAACACACCCAUUUCCACCAGCGCUUCAUCGAUGCCAUCAAAUAUGUGGGCUGGAAGAAGGAGCGGCUGGUCGCUGAAUUCUGGGAUGGAAAAAUUCUCUUGGUCAUGCCCGAUGAUCCCAAAUAUGCCACAAAGAAGGCUGAAGAUGUGCGACGUGUAGCAGAUAAUGAGCUGGGCUUCCAGCAGGUGGUGCUGAGCCAGGCAUCUCAGGCCAAAACCUACCUGUUUAUCAGCAGCAAGCGCAUGGUGGUCGGAUGUCUGGUUGCUGAACCCAUACGACUGGCUUACAGAGUCCUGGAGCACAAGGACUGCAACACAAGUGCAACCAAGGAGGACUUCAUAGAGCGACAGAGGGCCUGGUGUUGUUCCACCACCCCAGAACCGGCGCUGUGUGGAAUCAGUCGGAUCUGGGUCUUCAGUCUGGCCAGACGACAGGGCAUCGCGACCCGCAUGCUGGACACCGUUAGGAGUUCCUUCGUGUACGGCAGUCACCUAACCAAGGAGGAAAUCGCUUUCUCUGACCCGACACCUGAUGGAAAACUUUUUGCCACCAAGUACUGCAACACGCCGACCUUCCUCGUUUACAACUUCAUUGCAUGAAGUGUGAAAAACGAUCAACUAAACAAAUGAUUUAAAGAUACAAAUUUUAACUGACAGGUUUAGCAGAUUGUCAGAUUGUUGCAUUCUUUCUCAUAUGCAAAGAAAACAUUCAGGGUUCACACCGACAAGCGUAUUUGAUAAUGUCUGAAUAAUUAUUUAAGGGUUAAGGUAUUUGUCUGUAUUUGGAAAUUAAGUUUUGUAGCUUGUAAUGAAACUGGCUGGAUUUAAUCCUGAAAAUUUCCUUGAUUUUUACAGUUUAUUUUUAAAAGCUGCAAAAAAAAAAAAAAAAAAUUUAAAUCACACAAUCUGCACUGAU